AGCACGGGAAAACAUGUGAGCGGUCUGAGGACUUUAGUGAGAGACAACUUUUAUGUCUUCUAUGUUUUUUUUUUUGACCCUGUGCAUGCACAAACCGCCGUGUUGUGCUUAAAAGGAUUUACACCUAAAGGAACGUCUUUUGCAGUUGGGGUUUUGACUUUUUGAUUUCAUCAGGAUAAAUUAUUAUUGUUUUGCUUUUAUUUUACUUAGCUUUUGUUUUAUUUUAGUUGUACUAUAUAGCCGAAGCAGAAGCAACAACAAUUAUUAUUUAAACAGCCUUCUUUAUAGCAGUGAGUCACAUUUAGGACACCUGUUCUGAUUAACAGCAUAUUUGUAAUUUUCUGGUAGUAAUUGGCUUCUGCUGCUUUGAUAAAUAUAGCCCAAAAUAAAUAAAUACAUAGGCUGCAUUGCAGGCUAAACCCACUCCUAUUUUAGAAAAGGGGACCACACUUUGAGGUGUUCUUUUAUUGCAUUUCUACAUUUUUGUGAAUUUUCUUUUUUUUUUUGUAACUAUGAAGCAUCUGCAAUUUGUGCUCGUCCUGUCCAUCGCGGUCAGCGUGUGGGAAUGUGGGGACGCAAAGUUUGGCGAAAGGGGAGAAAUUAGCCCCAGGAGAAGAAGAUGUUACGACGGAAGCUUGCCCAAGCGGCUGAAGAAAAGGGAGCGAAAAGUGUUGCUUGACGGCAGCAGCAGCAGCGGAGAAGUUUGCCACAGGUUGUAUCCUCGUGUGUCCUGCUGUCCCACCAGGAGAGCCGCCUAUCAGAUCCUGCACCGCAGGGAUGCCAGGAUUUUCUCCACCAACAACACCGAAUGUGGACGUCUCCUGGAGGAGAUCAAGUGUGCUCGCUGCUCCCCCAAUGCCCAGGUGUUGUUCCACUCCUUGGACAUGGAUAAGAUGCCACACAGGGAGCCAGACCUGCCUCGGCUCUGCCAGGACUUCUGCCGUGAGUUCUACUACACCUGCAGGGGGCACAUACCAGAACUGUUCCAGGCCGAUGUAGAUGAGUUCUGCCAAUACUAUGGGAGGAGAGAUGCCAGUCUGUGCUUUCCAGAUUUUCAACGAAAGCAACCGCAAGGGCAAGAUUCUAACUACUUGGAAGAGGAGAAAAGGAAACACAAACACAACUGCUACUGUGCCCAGGAGGUGUUGAGUGGUCUGAGGCAGCCGGUGGCCGUGGUGCACUGUGGGGAUGGAUCCCAGCGGCUCUUUGUCCUGGAGAGAGAGGGAAUUGUCAGGAUACUCAACCAUGACCUCGAGCUAAUCAAGGAGCCCUUCCUGGACAUACACAAGCUGGUGCAAAACGGCCUGAAGGGCGGAGAUGAAAGGGGCCUGCUAAGCCUGGCAUUCCACCCCAAUUACAAGAAGAAUGGCAAGCUCUACGUCUCCUACACCACCAACCAAGAGCGUUGGGCAAUUGGACCACACGACCACAUUCUCCGUGUGGUUGAAUACACCGUUUCGAGGAAAAACCCGAACCAGGUGGACACCCGGACUGUCCGAGUGCUGAUGGAAGUGGCAGAGCUGCACAGGAAGCACCUUGGUGGUCAACUUCUCUUCAGCCCCGAUGGUCUGUUGCACAUCGUCCUGGGAGAUGGCAUGAUCACCCUGGAUGACAUGGAGGAAAUGGACGGGCUCAGUGAUUUCACAGGGUCCAUCCUGAGGGUAGAUGUGGACACAGACUGCUGCACAUCACCUUAUUCCAUACCGCAGAACAAUCCCUACUUCAACAGCACCAACCAGCCACCUGAAAUCUUUGCUCAUGGAUUACAUGACCCAGGCAGGUGUGCAGUGGAUCGGCUUCAGACCGACAAUGGGAGUCUCCUGAUCAUCUGUACGGAUGCCAGUGGCAAAAACACAUCAGCAGGAAGAAUACUGGAGAUUACUAAAGGGAAAGAUUAUGAAAGUGAGCCUUCUGGCUAUGACCUGCAGUCCAGUGGAGGAGCACCACCUGUGGGGGGCUUCAUCUACAGAGGCUGCCAGUCUAGAAGGCUUUACGGCAGCUAUGUGUUUGGAGAUAAAAAUGGUAACCUGCGGAUCCUCGAGAAGUCUACAUUGUCAACAUCAGCAAGUGGUGAACAGUGGCAGGAGAAAGCUCUGUGUCUGGGCUCAGCUGGCUCCUGUGGCUUCAUGCUUGUGGGACACAUCUUGGGUUUCGGAGAGGAUGAACUCGGUGAAGUCUACAUACUGGCAAGCAGUAAAAGCAUGGCGCAGUCACACAGUGGGAAACUCUACAAGCUGGUUGACCCUAAAAGACCUCAUGCCCCGAAAGAGUGCCAGCGUCAGGUGGAGCCUCCAGAGCUGCUGAUGACAGCUUGUUCCAGACACUGUAAGAACGGACACUGCACUCCUACUGGCAAGUGCUGCUGCAGCCCCGGCUGGGAGGGACCCUUCUGCCGAAUUGCCAAGUGUGAACCAGCCUGCCGCAAUGGAGGAGUGUGUAUGGAGCCCAACAAGUGCCUGUGUAAGAGCGGCUACUCUGGGGCCCAGUGUGAGAAGAGUGAGCAUGGCAUGCCCAACGACCAGGAGAAAGACGGCAUACUCGACCACAUCAUUGACAUGACCUCGUACCUCCUAGACCUGACCAGCUAUAUCGUAUAGGGAUGCGCAGAGGGGGGCUUCUCCCCGCUCUCAUCCUCAAGUCGACACAAAUCUACCUACCACCACCAGCAGACUCUUAACGAGGUGUCUUUAAUAUGGCCUCUUAAUCUCCCUCACACCCACACAGGCAUGUGUACACACACACACACACACACACAGACACAUAAAUACACACAGGAUCCCCAUCAGACUGCUUUACAUCCUUGUCUUCUUCACCAUACCAGACUCAUCCUCUUUUGCCUAUAAGCUACAUGCUCUUGAGCACCAGGCCUGGCAUCCAAGCCGUGUUCACACUUCGGAGAGACCUGCAGACAGCAGAGGAGAUGAUUGAUAAGCAUGGCCAAGUUAUGGAAGAUCCACUAUGACAUUUCCUGUCUCGUUCAGAAAAUGCUCACUCACGGCUGACUCCACAGGAACAGACCAUUUUAACCCAAGACUUUGGAUCUCUUCAGGGGCCAUCUGUUGCUUUAUUAAGACCCCUCGAAAAAUGGAGUUUGAGGCGUUUCAGCGGAGACAGUUGAUUGUUCAGGGGUUCUUUAAGGGUUCAAAAUUUUAAGGAGCAGAGUGGCUCCAGAUCCAAUUUAUGCUCAUGGUCCAUUCAAAAUAAAUGUCCAGAUACACAGACUUUGAAGGAACACUCUGCACCUCUGAAGUCUAUGAGAGUCGUGGGUCCUAUAGAGCCUGCAGUGCUUUGUGCUAUACUAUUUAAAAGGCACUAAUACAAGAGAGAUGAACCGUGUCGUCUCACUUAAGAUGUUGUAUUUAGUUUGUGGGCACAUUGUCAUAAAAAAAAGCUAUAACAGUAUACAGUGUGUAUACUUUGUUUUGCAACAUUCACUUGCUAUCAAUGUACAGAGUGGAUCUACAACAGAGGACUGUCACCGACACAGAAAUAAGAACGACUAAGUGAGAACGUUUUGUCAAAGCCAGUUUCAUACAAUCUGAACAGAGUUUCUGGCUCUCAUGCACUGUAUUCAUUUUUUUGUUUCACUUUAUUAUUCAAAAUGAAUUAAAACAUUUAUUAAAAGCGCAAUGAGAGUAGUUUAACAUCCACAUUUACACACCACACUAUCACGGUUAUCAUUUAUCAAACUCCUUUCAUGGCGUCACACACUGAAAUUGAACCCGAACUCAAAACUAUAAAGGGAAGAGAUAGCGCAGUGAUGUAUAUUUCCAAUAGAGCUUACCUAAGUACUACUUAGCAUUGCAAAAAAACAAAAAAAAAAAAAACUAUAGCAUUACUAUUGUUAUCAUAGAGGAGGGUUUAUUUUUUUAAGCGUAAUAAUAUAUGGGAGAGAAUGGUGUUUAUAGAAAGCAGUUUUACACUAAGCUUGUCAGUUCAUGUCAUUUCAUGUUCUUGUACUUAUACAUAUGCAGCUUUUUCCUCUGUUAAGAAAGACACGUGAGGACAAGUAUUUUAUUUGUUUCUACUCCCCCCCCCCCCCCCCCCCCCUACUGUAAAAGUAAUGCAUGUCUGUGCCUGCAGAGAGUAAUUCGGAGCAGUUGGCGGAGUCCAUCUAAUUCAUCUGGUUUCACUACCACUGUCAGAAAUGUGUCUCUGUUGUCAGAUGAUCAAACGGCACGUCAGGCCACCAAGUCUUUGUGGAAGCAGUUCACGGUCAGACGCAGAUCUUCUCUGCGGAGAGCAGAUUUAAGAUUACACUAAUGAUCUGUCUCGUGGAGAUAAUGUCGAUUGAACGUCUAAUGAACAUCUGACUCCUGCUUCUGGUCAAACAGUUGAACACAGACUGGGAUGGUCUGGAGCCACAUUAAUGUGUUGUGUCUUUUCAGAUGCCAGACAGAAGUUCAUACAGAUGCAGCACACAUACAUUCUUUCCCAUAUUCUCCAUAAACUCCACCUUUGAACUUUUGUCAUUUGAAUUCAUAGUAGGAGUCUUGACAGAACCAUCAUGGCAUUGUGUUUAACGGUUUUGAAAGCAAACAUUUGCAGUUUUGCUCUCCCCCCAACUUUCAUUUUGAAAAACAAGUUUCCAAGUAUCCCGGUUAAUUGAAGUUCAGUGUCCGUUAAAGAUGUAUUUGUUCCUCAUCUCCCGACUCGCUUGUGUUUGCUGAAAUAAAUCAACUACCUGGUCAAAAUGGAAUUCAUGCUGUAAAAUGGAAAAUUAUCAUUUCUUUUAGCACUUAAUGUGAAAGUUGCAUUGUAGCUGCUGAGACGGCGUGGUGUGAAUAGAAUAACCAUUUUCAUUAUUUAAGUAGUUACACAAAUAAAAUAAUUAUUUAAGUUCUUUUAUGUUGUUUUUACCAUUGUACUGUAUGUGACAAUUCUUUUUGUAUUCCUGUAUUGUAAAUAAAACUAGGGAUAACUUUGUUUCUCUACAGAAAUAUCAAUAUGUCUAUUAAAAUUUAUAGCAUGUCGGAAA